GGCAGGUGGAGCUAGUGUUCUGUAGUAUGGCCCCUCUGCGGUUCUCAAAGCCGUUUGCAUUUCCUGAAACCGGAUCUCCUGGGUGUCAGAGCAGCCUCCGGGUCCCAGGCUUCUCGGCCAUGGCCCUCCGUAAGGAGCUGCUCAAAUCCAUCUGGUACGCCUUCACAGCCCUGGAUGUGGAGAAGAGCGGCAAGGUCUCCAAGUCCCAGCUCAAGGUCUUGUCCCACAACUUGUACACGGUGCUCCACAUCCCUCAUGACCCCGUGGCACUGGAGGAGCACUUUCGGGAUGAUGACGAUGGCCCAGUCUCCAGCCAGGGUUACAUGCCCUAUCUCAACAAGUACAUCCUGGACAAGGUGGAAGAGGGGGCUUUUGUCAAGGAACAUUUUGAUGAGCUGUGCUGGACUCUGACGGCUAAGAAGAACUAUCAGCCCAACCGAAACGGGAAUAGCACAUUAUCCAAUCAGGAUGCUUUCCGACUCUGGUGCCUCUUCAACUUCCUGUCUGAGGACAAGUAUCCCCUCGUCAUGGUACCCGAUGAGGUAGAAUACCUCCUGAAGAAGGUCCACAGCAGCAUGAGCCUAGAGCUGGGAUUUGGGGAGCUAGAAGAGCUGCUGACCCAGGAGGGCCAAUCUCCAGGUGGGCUGAGUGUCUGGCAGUUCCUGGAACUCAUCAACUCGGGCCGCUGCCUGCGUGGUGUGGCCCAAGACACGCUCAGCAUGGCCAUCCAUGAGGUCUACCAGGAGCUCAUCCAAGAUGUGCUUAAGCAGGGUUACCUGUGGAAGAGGGGCCAUCUGAGGCGCAACUGGGCGGAGCGGUGGUUCCAGCUAUUGCCAGGCAGCCUAUGUUACUAUGGGAGUGAGGAGUGUAAGGAAAAGAGGGGUACUAUUCUCUUGGACACCCAGUGCUGUGUGGAGGUGCUGCCGGACCGGGACGGGAAACGCUGCAUGUUCUGCGUGAAGACGGCGACGCGCACGUAUGAGAUGAGCGCUGCGGACACCCGCCAGCGCCAGGAGUGGACCGCAGCCAUCCAGACGGCCAUCCGGCUGCAGGCCGAGGGAAAGACCUCCCUGCACAAGGACCUGAAGCAGAAGCGCAGGGAGCAGCGCGAGCAGCGGGAGCGGCGCCGGCUGGCCAAGGAGGAGGAGAUGCUGCGGCUGCAGCAUCUGCAGGAGGAGAAGGAGAGGAAGCUGCAGGAGCUGGAGCUGCUGCAGGAGGCGCAGAGGCAGGCCGAGCGGCUGCUGCAGGAGGAGGGGGAGCGGAGGCGCAGCCAGCACCGCGAGCUGCAGCAAGCCCUGGAGGAGCAGCUGCGCGAGGCGGAGCAGGCCCGAGCCUCCAUGCAGGCAGAGAUGGAGAUGAAGGAAGAAGAGGCUAUCAGGCAGCGACAGCGUAUCUCUGAGCUGGAGGAGAUGCAGCAGAGGCUACAGGAGGCUCUGCAGCUGGAGGUGAAGGCUCGCCGGGAUGAGGAGUCCAUGCGCUAUGCCCAGACCAGGCUUUUGGAGGAGGAAGAGGAGAAGCUGCGGCAGCUGGUGCGGCUGAAGGAGGAGCAGGAGCGUUAUAUCGAGCAGGCUCAACAGGAGAAGCAAGAAUUGCAGCAGGAGAUGGAGAUCCAGAGUCGCUCUUUGCAGCAGGCCCAGCAGCAGCUGGAGCAGGUGCGGCAGAACCGGCAGCGGGCGGACGAGGACGUGGAGGCGGCCCAGCGGAAGCUUCGCCAGGCCAGCACCAAUGUCAAGCACUGGAAUGUUCAGAUGAGCCGACUCAUGCACCCGAUCCGGCCUGGAGACAAGCGUCCUCCCACCAGCAGCUCCUUCCCUGGCUUCCAGCCUCCACUGCUAGCCCGGCAAGACUCCUCUCUGAAGCGCCUGUCCCGUUGGGGAUCCCGGGAUAGUGAGACACCCACAACCAACAGUUGUGAGACCCAGGAUCCCCUGAAUAAAGGGGAUAAAUCCUCUACCCUUGCCCCCACCUCUCAGGAAGAAGAGCGGCUCAAUUUGGAAUCGACCAACUAGCCUCCUGAAGACCCUCUGCCAUGGCUUACACAGCUGGACUGUUGAUGAAACCAGCCAUCUGCUAGAAGAAAUCAUUGAGGCCAGGAUGUCCAGGGCUUCUAUGCCCUCAAAUUCUCUACCAGUCCACAGAAGGUUCAGGUACACCUUUUCCAUGUGGCUUCUGGCCUCAGACAAUUGAGGGCCCUCAGGAUACUGAUCUUUGACUUAACCCUAAGAGCCUGCCAAUGAAAGCUGAGACAGGGGACCAGAGCGGGGAGCCAGGAGCUCUCUGCCCCCUCCUAUCCACCUACUUCAUUCCUCCAGGCUGUCAAUAUGAUGGAUUUGUUCAUGUACAAUUCUAAAUAAAACAUAUCCUUAGAAUUCA